AUGUACAUAUACCACAACUGGUGGAACAACAUCUCCUCCGUUCGAUCAGCGGUCUGCGCAGAGAAGUUGUCAAGACUGGAGUCCGCCACUGGACCCACGGGCGAUGGCUCGAAGCCACUACGGAUCGGCAUCGUCUCUACAGCUCGAAUCAACUACCUUGCGCUGAUCGAGCCAGUUUCUACGCACACAUCCUCUUUUGUGACGGCAAUCGCCUCACGUACUGUAGCUAAAGCUGAGGAAUACAUCCAGCGAAACAAGGUCAUAUUGACAGGGACCUGCAAAGCUUAUGGGUCGUAUCAAGAGUUGUUCGACGACCCCGAUGUUGACGCCAUAUACAUCCCCGUGCCCAACAGCAUGCACCAUGAACUCACGCUUGCAGCACUUCGGAAGGGCAAGCACGUUCUGAUCGAGAAACCAAUCACCUCGAACGCCUUGCAAGCAAAGGAAGUCCGUGCUGCCGCGAUAGAAUCGGGGAAAGUCGCCUUGGAAGCUUUCCACUGGCGGUUCCAUCCAGUUGCCGGAUAUAUCAAGUCACUACUUCUGAGUGGAGAACAUGGCGCUGUGCUGUCUAUCGAUGCAAGGUAUGCAAUGUUUGCUGGGAUGUUCACACGAGGCGGGGACAUACGCUUCAGAUAUGACCUUGCCGGCGGAAGCUGCAUGGACUUGACCUAUGUAUUCUCAGCGAUUGCCUACUUCGGGGUGCGUGACAAUUCAGAUCCGAAUUUCGAGUUCGAGGUCCUGGAUUCCAAAUUUCGAGUAAACCCGCAGGAUCCUCUGGUGGACGAGCAGAUGGAAGCAACCAUCUUAUUGAAGGAUCCACGCCAUUAUACCAACGCCGCUGGCACGUCCGGCGCGCCAGCUCAGAUCCGCGCCACAGUCGGAACCGACAUCUACGCGCCACCGUUAUUCGGCAUCAUCCCCCGAGUCUGGGAGCUGCCGACGCUCACCAUCCAGACCGAAAAAGCCGAGAUCAGAGUCGACAACUUCAUCGGCCCGUGGAUAUCGCACAAUAUCGCCAUCACCCCAGUGACCCGAGAUGCCGGCACGGGCCAAAUCCUCAGUCGUGGAAAAAAGUUCCAGACCAAGCUGUACCAGGGCGGGCCGCUGUGGGAGCGAGAGGAAGCCAGGACGGGUACGAAAGUCGGCGAAAACUGGUGGACGACGUGGCGGUACCAGCUGGAGGGGUUUGCGCGGAAAGUUCGCGACGGCGACGACUAUCUUGGUCCUUGGGUGACGCUGGAUGAAAGCGUCAGGGUCAUGGAGAUGAUUGAUGCUGUCUACACGAAGGGCGGCCUGCCUGUUCGAGGGGCGUGA